GGGGGGGUGCGGGGGGAGGAGGAGGAGCUUGGCACACAGUAUAAAAGCGUGGACGGGCAGCGCCGGUCGCCAGCGUGCGACCCCUCGGGAGCAAGAGCCCAGACCUCCUCCGUACCCGCGGCAGCCACACGCUACCCUCCGCCCGACACCAUGGUGCACUGGUCAGCCGAAGAGAAGCAGCUUAUCACCGGCCUCUGGAGCAAGGUCAAUGUGGCCGAAUGCGGUGCCGAGGCUCUGGCCAGGCUGCUGAUUGUCUACCCCUGGACCCAGAGGUUCUUCGCCUCCUUCGGGAACCUGUCCAGCGCCACCGCUGUCCUCGGCAACCCCAUGGUGCGUGCCCACGGCAAGAAGGUGCUCACCUCCUUCGGGGAUGCCGUGAAGAACCUGGACAACAUCAAGAACACCUUCGCCCAGCUGUCCGAGCUGCACUGCGACAAGCUGCACGUGGACCCGGAGAACUUCAGGCUCCUGGGUGACAUCCUGAUCAUCGUCCUGGCCGCCCACUUUGGGAAGGAUUUCAGUCCUGACUGCCAGGCUGCCUGGCAGAAGCUGGUCCGUGUGGUGGCCCACGCGCUGGCCCGCAAGUACCACUAAAGAGCAGCACCAAAGCCCUGGCAGCAUCCUCCAGCACCCGCUGACAUGCUGCUGCGGAGCCAACAGCUUCUAACAGCCAAAUAAAGCUCAUCUGUGAAGUCUC